AGCUGCUCGCUUCACUCUCGGCGUGUCUGUGGUUCGGGCUUGUUUUGGCGGUGACGCGGCGGUGCAGCCGGCCGAGCGGCAAAUGAGUCAGCAGCGCCGAAAGCGUCGCUUUUUUCUCAUGGUUCAAUAAAACAAGCUACACUGGUGAAACUUUAAGCGUUGGUUAACAAAUUCUCAGUGAAAAUGGCGGUACCCGCAGCCCAAAAUCUGCAGCUGGACUCGGGGCCAAGCAGUCCUGUGAGCUCGUCUUCGGAAAAUAACAUUCACAUCGACGAGAAAGAAUUAGAAAACAUCACAAACAACGUUGAAGACGGUACUUCACUCCCUCUACAUUCUCCAUGGACCUUCUGGCUCGACAGAUCUUUACCAGGGACUACAGCAGCAGAGUGUGAAUCAAAUCUGAAAAAGAUCUACACAGUGCACACUGUUCAGAGUUUCUGGAGUGUGUACAACAACAUCCCUCCGGUGUCAUGUCUCCCACUGAGGUGUAGCUACCACUUAAUGCGAGGAGAAAGAAGACCACUAUGGGAAGAGGAAAGCAACGCAAAGGGAGGUGUGUGGAAGAUGAAAGUACCAAAGGAGAGCACAUUAGCUGUAUGGAAAGAGUUACUGCUGGCUACCAUUGGUGAACAGUUUGCUGACUAUUGUGCAUCAGAGGAUGAAGUUGUUGGUGUAAGUGUCAGUGUGCGAGACAGAGAGGACGUGGUUCAGGUUUGGAACGGAAAUGCAUCCUUUGCUAAUGAGGCAAACAUUUUAGGAAGAAUCUACGAGCUCCUUCCACAGAUAUCUUUUAAAGCAGUAUUUUAUAAACCGCACGAGGAGCACCAUGCAUUCGAAGGUGGUCGUUCAAGACAUUAGCAGACUUUGCACAUGCAGUGUCUUUCCUUUUACUGUCUCAUUCGUCAUCCGUCCUUCGAAAAUGGACUGAAAAAAUAUAUAUAUGUAUCUCGCACCUGAUCAGAAGUGUUCAAAUGCUUUACCUUGCAGGAACUGAAUAGGUUAUGUUAUAGAUCAGUUUGCAAUCAUGUUACUGAUUUUAGGUUUUUUAAACGUAGGCUACAUAAAAUUCCUGUGGCUGAUAACUGAAAUUUUAACUUGGCUGGUUUUCUCACAAAAAUUCUAUUAGGCAAUAUCUAUACAGUUCACAUUGAAGUGGAAUAUAUUAUAUCACAGUAGACCAAUGUUGCCAUGAUCCUUUUUUUUCUUUUUAUUUUAUUUUUUGAGUUAAUUUUUACCCAGUGACAUCAUUGCUGCUUUCUCCUGCGUUGGCCAUGUUAGAAACUUGACAUUUUCCUCAACCACCAAUUUCUGCCACCUUUUAGAUUAGAGAAUAGUACCUGAGCUUUUGUAUGUUGUAUGCGAACAUGUUGCACAUUUUUGGAGAUUUUUUUGGCAUUAGCCUGAAAUGUAAUCCAGUUACGUUUUUCUGAUCUCAUUUAUUUUCUGUUUUCAUCCUUUUCAGGCACCUUUCUGUUAAUCGGAUCUCAAAUGAAAUCUCAUGUUUUGUAUUUGCAUUUUUGUCUUUGUCAGUAGUCUUAUGCGGGAGUUUGGUGUGUAAUGCAGUUCGAAUAUUUCAUAGUUACUAAUCUAGAAUGAACUAGGACAAUUAUGUAGUAAAUUAUGCACUUAUUUAACAGCCCGUUUUUAGCCAUACUGUAUGAAUGGUGACUUUCUGAAAUUAUGAUGCUGUAUCAUAUUUGAAAAUGGCAAGAUUUCAUAUACUGUUCAGUUACGACACUGAUAAAUACCUGUGUAAACAUUUACGUGGAUCGAACUAGUCUGUUUAGUUUUUCUGCACCAAAGAUAUUUUUGCCCCCUCAGCUCUCAUGUUGUAGAUUAUAACACGUGAAAGCACCACGCCUCAUGUCCAAUGUAAUAUGUUUAUAAGUGCACAAUAGUAUCGGUGGCUGCAAUCUUGCCAUAAGUGUAAAAGUCUAAUCAGUGUUUACUGGUCCUGUCAGACGUCCAUCCGGUUUUAGAUUGCCUUUGAUUUUAGUAUGAAUUAAGUUUUUAAGGUUAAUUUGUCAUCCAAAAUACUCACAAGAAGAAGACCUGGGACUAAAUUCUGACCUGGGUCACUAAUGUGAAAAUGCACUGGAAGCACAACUGUGGGUUUGUCCUUCUAACGGGCGUGUAUGUGGAAGUGGAAAUGCGCAUGCAGCUGACUUUUCAUAUGUACUAUAAAUCUUUUUAUGAAACACAAGUACAGAAAUGGAUAUGUUUAUUUUUCUGAGCAUUCUUGUCGGUCAAUUCAGGGCCCCAGUCAGGAUGCGAGACCUCAAGCGGAUUGUUAAUCUUCUGGAUCGGUGCCUUGUGUUUUCCCAGGGUUUCACUCAUAGAAUAUUCUGUUUUAUCCUUUACUGUAUUUAAUCAUUUACAAUGUAAAUUGAUUUUUUUUUUUUUUUGCUUAUAGGUUUUGAGAUAUUGAAUAAAUACGCAUUUUUGAGGACAUUGAA